CAAUGGUCAGAUUCUGCGUAUAGACUGAGAAAUAUUUGACUUCUGGAUUAACAGAGAUUACUGGAACAGUAAAGUUUGUGAGAAGCUAGAAGUUAAUUAUGACCUCAUAUUAGAAUCCCAGCAAAAAACCUGAGAACUUGCACAGUGUAGUCCUCAGGCCUAGUGGACUACUGGGUUUCCCAAACUAUGGACAUGUGAGUUUUUAAUUUCCCUGUAUUUAGUCAGUUGUCAGUAUAUGUCACUCAAAGCACAGAACUCAUUCAAAUACCAUUGAUAUAGUUGAUUUGGGUAGUUUGACAUGGAUAGUAACAUUCUGUGCAUGAAAUCUGCUCUUCUGGAUUACAGAGUUAUUGGCCUUUACAUGCUUGGCUUAUUGCCUUUGUGUUCUCUAGGCAGGGUUUUUUACAGGACAUGCAGGAGCAGAUGGGGAAACUGACAGACCUCCUAAAGGAUGAACGGCGGUCCCACCAGCACAGCUGCCGUGCGCUGUUGGACGAAGCAGAGCGGAGAGCUGAGAGAGUUAGGCAGCAGCAACAACAGGAGAUUGAGCAGCUAAUGCAGGCCCACAGAUCAGAGAUCAGUGCUUUGGUGACCCUCCAUACCAAGACUCUGGAGGGGGAGAAGGGCUGUGCAGAGGAGAGAUGUGCCCUGCUGGAGAAAGAUUAUGACUUCCUCAAAAGCUCCUUCCGCACAUACAAGGACAGUAUAUUUGAGGAGAUGCGUAGCAGCUGGCUAAGGAAGGAGAACAGCUGGAAAGAGGAGCAGGAAAGGCAUCUCAUGGACCAACUGAUGCAUUCACGUGAGCAGCUGAACAAAAGUGAGCAGGAAAAGGAUAACCAAAGAAAGGCCUUUGAGGCAGAAAUGGCAGAACUCCAGACCAGGUUUGAGGAGGAGAUUCAGGUACUAGCUGGUGAGCUGACAGAGAAGGAUGUAACCAUCAGUUUGUUGAGAACAGCUUAUCACCAGACACAAGAGCAACUGGAUAUUGUGACCUGUCGUAUGUCAGACUUCGCGAAAAAUCCAAGCCAGCUUGGACCAAGACGCAUGUCAUGCAUCACGCAAGAACCAACAGAGCCAUAGUGCAACUCAUGACCACACCAAUACAUGUGUGAACAUAUUUUUUAUUCUUCUGUCAUAGAAUUUGUCUUAAAUGUGUUGUAUGACAUGUGGUGUAAGGAGUACACUGUGAUGUAUUGAAACAGCAGCAACAACAAAAUGAUCAAUAUUGAUUGAAAAUGUUAUUUUGUAUUCAUUUAGGAAGUCAAUGUGCAAGGGAGUAAGAAAUAGACCAUUUAGAAAAAACACGUGGAAAACAUUGCAUAUUAAGUGCUCUUCGGUUGUUCUUGCUUUUUCUCUACAUUUAAAAAUACCCUUUU